AGCAACUCUUGGUUGCUCCGGACCCGAAAGAACUAGCAUACAGCUGCAGGGCUGUCCGUUCGCUUCGAUGGAGAAUUCUCUAGAAAUCACCGACUCCACCGACUGGCUCGGCACCCCUCUCCAGCUUCUUGCGCCGCUUGAGUCCUCUCUCAGAUGUCAAGUUUGCAAGGACUUUUUUGAUACUCCGAUGAUCACCUCGUGUUCUCACAGCUUUUGCUCACUAUGCAUUCGUCGUUGCCUCACUGCCGACAACAAAUGUCCCAUCUGCCGCGAAGGGGAUCAAGUACUCAAGCUGCGUCGCAACUGGGCGGUGCAGGAACUUUUGGAUACAUUCAAGACAGCGCGACCCGCUGUGAUGGAACUUGCCAGGAAGUUCAAGGCGCUUAAGGAGCAGGAAGAAAACCAAGUCCCAGAACCACAGCCUAAGAAGCGCAAGGCGAAUCAAAUAGAGCAGUCGCAGGAUAUUUCAUCGGUGGAGGCUAGUCCACCGCGACUACGGACGAGAUCAAGAAGCGUGAAAGCAGUGCCCCAGGAGCCAGAGGUUAUACCGGAAGUCAUUGAGGACAGUGAAGGCGAAGAAGAAUAUAUACCAGAUGAUGGCAUGGCCGUCUGCCCUGUUUGUGACCGAACUAUGAAGAUAGAAGCUGUCAGCCACCAUAUCGACAAGUGCCUUGCCGAACAGGAAGCAAGAGAAGCCACAGAGAGACAGAAGCACACAGCAUUUGGAGUUCUCCAACGCCAACAAAAUUCACCCUCGAAACAAUUAGAUAGACUACCCACCUUGAAUUACGACCUCAUGAACCCGAGCCAGCUGCGAAAAAAGUUCAAGGAACUCGGAAUUCCAACAGAGGGGGCCAAGGAUCUCAUGAAAAGACGGCACACAGAAUGGGUCAACCUGUGGAACGCAAACUGUGACUCCCAAAAUCCCAAGUCCAGAAUGCAACUUCUCCGCGAGUUGAGAGUUUGGGAAGACACACAAGGCGGGGGCUCAGUGAUGACGGUUCCUGAUAGAAACACCGUGACUAGCAAAGGAUUUGAUGCAGCCGGGUGGUCUGCAAACCAUAAUGAUGACUUCAAGCGCCUUAUUGCUAGCGCUCGAAAGAAGACUGAUGCCCAAGUAAGAUCCACGAUUCCUGGAUCCUCGGGAUCAGACCAACCACCAUCGACAUCUCCGAAUGGAUUGCCGGGCAAGGUUGCUGAGGAUCUGGGUGAUCGAUGAGGUGUUAC